UCAUCCUCGCUGCGUGAACGUCUGGACGUCUCGGGAUAUUUCUAACAUGGACCUGGAGGUUGUUACAGCUAAAAUACUGUCUGAGUGGAAGAGCCAUGAGAGUACGUUUGGAGAAGAUCAGGACUCGCUCCUGUCUACGUCACCGGAGUCCUCGAUUGACUCCAUGUGCUCUUCCCCGGAGAUGUGCUACUCCAGCGGGCAUCAGGAGAUGAAGGACUUCUCUUUCGCUUUCGCGGGACGCAGGGCGACUCCAGCAGCACAGAGGCUGAGCAAGCCCAAGAUGUCUACCAGAAGACGCAUGAAGGCCAGCGAGAGGGAGAAGAUGCGGAUGAGGAGUCUUGCAGAGGCUCUGCACCAGCUCCGCGACUACCUGCCGCCGGACUACAGCAAGAGAGGCCAGCCCCUGACCAAGAUACAAACCCUCAAAUACACAAUUGAAUACAUCAACAAGCUUUCAGACACCCUGAGCCGCGCGUAACGGACGCAAAUGUACUUUUUACGCAUCAGGUUUACGCUCAUCUGGACAUUUAAUGGAGUUAGUUUUAUAUAUGGGAUGCGUUAUACAACAUCUUUAAGAUAACUUAAUCAUUCGAUUUCAUUUAAUAUUUCUUUUGUUUGCCCUUCUCCUGGUGUAAAUAUUUUUAGCGGGCACUUGGCAAUUAUUUUGUAUAUG